CCUGAACCUGGUGUGCCUCGAACUGCCAAACUGCAGUCAGCCAGCAGUCAGCAGAAGUAGCCUGCCGUACUGCACUCUAACCAUUGUGCCACCGUGGCUCGUCAAUCAAAUGGUAGUGGAGUGAUCGUCCUUAGAAAUUGAGGUUCUGAGUCUCAACAGACCUAGAAAUAUCUGCCCUCAACUCACUAGUUGUCUCCUGAUCACCUUCAACCCAGAAUUGUCCACAAAGCAUCAGUUGUGUACUGAUGAUCCCAUCUCCUCCCCCACCUCUUUGAAUGAAACAUCAUUUAUAGGGCUGGCUUUUGAAGGCAAUUAUGUAAUUGCUUCAGACUGGCUGUUUAAGAAGCUCAAGGAAUUGGUAGUUUCUCGUUUGAAGACUGCGAAACUUGCAACUGCCAUUAAACAAUAAGCUCUGGAAGAUGGAUGUAGAUGGAUAUGCCUAUAUGGACCCACAAAACAGAAACUUGCCAGCUUCUAAACAGAGCAAAGGCAGGAGAAAACAUUUAAAAAUCAAAGAAGAUGGAAUACAUGUCGAUGCCCAUAUGCUCUAAAGCUUCUAAAGAUAAGCAUGUUUUCUUCAAGGUUCAUCUUUAAUUUUAUGUUUUAGGAAAGGAGAGAAGACUGACGUGUUUAGUUUCCCACAAGGUUCAUAUCCUGUCAUUUCUUGUUUAUAAAACACUGCAUUGAGCGGAAUAAUGCAUAUUAAACAACUCAAUUAAAUUUUUUAUUAAAAUCACAGGCCAGCAAAAGGAGGAUGGAAUACAAACAAUAAUUUUAAAAACUAAUAUAUAUAUACCUCACUAUAUCUCUUAUAAUACAAAACACUCUCAACAAACAAUUUGAAAAAAUAUUAAGCCUGGUUUGAGGCACAGGUGGAUUUUAAUCACUGCUGUGCAAAACCUGGCAAGGUUUAUGUCAUGGCAGUAUUAGUGUCUCCAAGCCACAUGGAUGUAUACAAUUGUCCUGUGCAUAUUUAAAGACUGAGUAUUUAUAAGAUAUUGGUGAAAUGAGGGCAACAUGAAUGUCUCUGUUGCGCUGGCACAGGAGGAACAGUUUUUAAAGUUUAUUUACAGGUAGUCCUCAACUUACAACAGUUCAUUUAGUGAUGGUUUGAAGUUGCAACAGCACUGCAAAAAGUGCCUUAUGACCAUUUUUCGCACUUAUGACCAUUGAAGCAUACACACACCCAUGGGCAUGUGAUUUACACUCGGAUGCUGGACAACUGGUUCAUAUUUAUGACGGUUGCAGUUUCCCAGGGUCAUGUGAUCCCACUUUGUGCCCUUCUAGCAAACAAAGUCAAUGGGAAAACCAGAUUCACUUUACAACGGUGUUAGUAAUUUAACAAUUGCAGCAAUUCACUUAACCAAUGUGGCAAGAAAAGUUGUAAAAUGGAGCAAAAUCCAUUUAAUAAAUUUCUCAGUUAGCAACAUAAAUUUGGGGCUCAAUUGUGAUCGUACGUCAAGGACUGCCUAUAUUAAAUGUAUAGGCAUCCCAUCUCACUGUUACAGUGACUUCGGCCUCUGCUCUAUUGUCUCUCUAUGUCCAGAGUCAUAGUGACAUUGCUUUUCUGGGCAGGGAAUUUUCUUGCUUCAAGAGCAACCGAAGAGCAUGUAUUAAGCAACUAGAUGGACUUCUACAUUUUGUCAGUCUUGUGACAAUGGAAGAAGAAACAAAGUGAGGGGAAUCCACUAACCAUCUUCCUUAACUGUGUGGUUUUUCCUUAACAGCAAUGUGCUGAAGCUGCCAAAAAAAAAAGCCAGCACAGUUGUAGGCUGUGUUAAGAGAGGGAUAGAAUCAAGAUCAUGUGAAGUGUUAGUAUCAUUUGAUAAUGCCUUGGUAAGGUCACACUUGGGAUAUUGCAUCCAGUUUUGGUUGCCACAAUGUAAAAAAGAUGUGGAGACUUUAAAAAGAGUGCAGAAAAGAGCAACAAAGAUGAUUAGGGGAAUGAAGGCUAAAACAUAAAGAACGGUUGCUAGAAUUGGACAUGUCUAGUUUAAUGAAAAAAAGGACUGGGGGGGGGACAUGAUAGCAGUUUUCCAAUAUCUCAGGUGUUGCCACAAAGAAGAGGGAGUCAAACUAUUCUCCAAAGCACCUGAAGGCAGGACAAGAAGCAAAAGAUGGAAACUAAUCAAGGAAAGAAGCAACCUAGAACUAAGGAGAAAUUUCCUGACAGUUAAAACAAUCAGUGGAACGACUUGUGGGUGCUCCAACAAGAGGGGAUUUUAAGAAGAGAUUCAACAACCAUUUGUCUGAAAUGGUAUAGGGUUUCCUGCCUGAGCAGGGAUUGGACUAGAAGACCUCCAAGGUCCCUUCCAACUCUGUUGUUGUACCCUGUCCUGUCCUGUCCUGUCCUGUCCUGUCCUGUCCUGUCCUAUCCUAUCCUAUCCUAUCCUAUCCUAUCCUAUCCUAUCCUAUCCUAUCCUAUCCUAUCCUGACAGCACCAUCCACAGGUCUCCUGCCUGGAAGAGAAGAUGUCUAGAUUUUAUGCUAGAAGACUUUCUAGGCUGCUCAAGAACAAAUGCAGGGCUGUGCCUCUAGAAAAGAUCUCUCACUGAAAAGAUUCAAAGCAUAGCACCUCGUCCCCAUAAUGUUCUUUGCUAAGCCUGCACCUGCCUACAAUUCCUUCUCUCUACAAAACAACAUAGUCAAGGCAGUCUGGUGCCAGCUACACAUAAGGAAGCAAAAAGAAACCCCAUUCAUUGCUCCCACUUGUGGCCAAAGUGGGAUUAGCUGCUCUGGAAGAAGUUGAAAUGAUCCAUUGGAAAGACGGUUGUUCCUUUAAUCUCUGCUGCAAGAUUGUGCUUGGCAUUUCGGUGGCGGGAAAUGUAGCUCUGGCUGUGCUUUUGAUUCUUCUCGUGCGCGGAGAUUUCCAGGUUUCAAAACCUGAACCUUACCAGAUCCGCAGCUGUAUGCUCAACUGUAUUCCUUGUCGAUCUGCUACAAACAGCAUAACAGCAAACCUGACUCUGGAUCCAAGCACAGCUCACCCCCACCUCCACGUAUCUCCAGAUUUGAAAAGCGUGAGAUGGAAAGCUAUGAAACAGCAAGUGAAUGGCAGUCCUCUGAGAUACGAACUUUUGGCCAGCGUCCUAAGCCACGAGAGCUUUAGCUCUGGGAAGCUUUGCUGGGAGGUGGAGGUGGUAGCAGAAGGAAACUGGUGGGGGGUGGGAAUUGUUAGGGAGUCUGCAAACCAGAAUGGGCCCAUUGUUCUUGAGCCAAAUGGAGGUUACUGGGGAGUGCAGCGAAUUGAAGGGCAGCACCAAGCCAUCACUCAUCCCAGGACAGAUUUGUCACUGAGUCAUUCGCCGAGAAGGAUCCGAGUUUCUCUGGACUAUUCACAAGGCCUCAUAGCAUUCUUUGAUGGCGACACGAAUGCUGAACUCUUCACUUUUCCUAAAGCAAAUUUUGCUGGAGAGAAGAUUCACGCUUGGUUCUUGAUCCAUAAGUGGAAUGGACAGCUUCUCCUCCAUCCAUGAGAUGGUGGAGCAAAGGGGUCAUCACACUGAAGAUCUUCAGACUAUCUGCCUUCAGCUCUCCUCCACUCCUUGUGUUUUUCCAUGCACACCAUUGUCAUGGGUGUCUUUGACUUCCUUUGAUCUUCCUGCAUUAUCUUCUAAAUAAAAGGUCUCCUUCUA